UGGAGCUGCCAGCAGCUGCCAGCUCCUCUGUGUCAGCAAUCUAGCCUCCAAACGUUGAUCAGGAAGGCGCCAGCAGCUGAAGGGACAAAUGCAGCGGGCAGUAUUCGAGGACGUCUUGAGCCCAGCUGAAUGUCAGGAACUGAUCUUCAUCCUCAAGAGCUGUGGGGUGAUCGGCUAUCGCCCACACGUCAUCUCGUGCACACCCCAGGACCUGAUUGCAAGCAACAGUGCCCCGCUGGUUCUGCCCCUCUUGAACGCAGCUGCUCGGGUUCAGCAACUAGUGGAGGGCCGCUUUGGGAAGGAGUGUGAGCUGUUCACAGAGUUCGUGGGUCUCAUAAGCUGGAAGACCGGGGCUAGCAUUGGGUGGCACCAUGACAGUAACCGGGAGUACCUUCGGCAACGGCACUACUCGGCAGUCUGCUACUUGAACGAUCAGGGCACAGACUUCGCGGGUGGGACGUUCCGCUUUCGAGACGGCCAACCAGACUCUGUGGUUCCUCUCCCAGGGCGUGUCGUCGCCUACUCGUCCGGGGAGGAAAACACCCACUCGGUAGACCCGAUAACCAGGGGAGAGAGAAUCACGCUCGCGCUCUGGUUCACGACCGAUCCCGACCACUCCAAAGACGGGGUCCUCCUACCCCAGCUGCAAUCCGCGCUGCAACGAGCACUCUCAUCCGCUCCGGGGGGGUCGUUCAAAGUGGCAGCUCCCUACCCUAUCGACCCCUUCGACACGUUCUUCGUCGAGCCUGAGGCGUGGUCUUGUACGACGGACUUGCACUUCAACGCUUCGAAAGAGUCUGAGGGAGUCUUGGGGACAGAUCCUGAUGCCGAGAACGGAAGGGAUGCCGUUCUGCAGAAGGAAAGAACCGGGCGGAACGCGUUGGUGAAGCGAAGCCGCCUGGGCUCUCCCCCCACAGAUGACGCAGAGAGGGGGAGAAAGAAACGAGCGCGAUUGGUUGGCGGUGCCGACACUUCUCUCGGACAUGCUUUCGAGAGGGGGUCCGAACCGGACGGGUCGGGAGGCGGGGUGCAGAUUUCUGCCCAGGGGGAGAAAGACCUGCGGUGCGAGCGCUUUAGAGAACUAGGGCUCCGCUUCGCUUUAGAAAACGGCUUGGGGCGGGCCGAAGGGUCGCCGGAUGCACUUUUGCGGCCAAAAGCCGUUCAGUCAGGGGAAUGGCGACCACUAGGGAACUUUGCAACUGAAGCACCGGUGGCGGCUGGGGUCUCAUGGGACGCAGGGAACGCCCCCGAUGUCAAGACGGCGGAAAAUUCGGUGGUCGGAAAUGGAUCCCCCCGGCGGUCUGGCUACCGGCCUUCCGAAGCGGCAGACGGGAGUGUGCGGCUGCAUUGGUUGGAUGGAACAGUGUUCGAGACCGAGUUCCGAAGCAAGAUGCACGCUUUGCAGGUGCUGUACCAUUUCGUUGAGUGCGUUGGCGAAACCCCUUCGCCAACUGCUGCGCCCCUUCAAGACGGAAAGACGACGGCCUUGAACAUGAAGUCCGUUGUUGACGAAGGUUGUCCGUGCAAGGACAGGCCUCCCACGAAGAACUUGGAGAUUGCAAGCCUUCUGCGAAUGAGAGGUCGGGAGGCAAUGCAAAUGCCUGAUGAUUUGAGGAGUGAAGAAGCAAUCUGCUGGAAUAUCAGAGAGCAUCGGAGGGGCAGCAAGAAAAGCUGUGACAAGCAGCGCUGUUCAGACCAUUGUGACCUAAGAACUUUCUUGGGAUGGCCAAAGGACAUUCCACUGCAUGAUCCGCAGUCCUUCAAAAAAUUGGGCAUGGUGCAUAAGGACAUUCGAGAGACUUUUGUUGACGCUGUCUAUGAGUUGGAAUAUCAGGACGUAUCGGCUGGUCCAUCGCCCCCAGUGUCCAGCAUUUGGUGUCUUGGAAAGCUUGUGGAGCCUGUGCAUCCCGCAUCUGCCGGUGGCAGUCUCCAUGUUGAAGUGCCCCCAAGAACACUCAGAUGGCGGGUUUCAGCAAGAUCUGGAGUAGAUCCAGAUACUUCAUCGUCAGUUUCCUGGUGGGCGAAAGACGGGACCGGAAUCGAAGCCCCCAGACUCGUUUUCCCUGUUGGUGAGCACGAUCCGCAGGUGCAGCCACAUGUUGGCUGCCUUGGCACGCCGCCCUUCCAUGGUCCACAGAGUCUUACGCCAUUCGGGGAGGUGUAUCUCAUGGGCGGGUGGAACGGCACAAGGUGGCUCGGCUCGGUGGACCGAUACCGGCCGUCCCGGAACGAGUGGGAGGAGGUCGCGCCAAUGUGGGCGGAGCGCUAUCAUGCGGCUUCGGCAGUGCUCGGCGGGAUGGUGUACGUGUUCGGGGGCCGGGGGUGCCAGCUGUGUUACGAUACGGUCGAGCGGUACGACCGCGCCAGCAACUCGUGGGCGAAUCUCUCGAAGAUGAAGAUUAAGCGGCGCGGCCUCGGGGGCGCCGCCGUGCAGGGCAAGAUCUACGCCGUGGGGGGGAGCGACAGCUUUUCCAUCUUUGCUGACGUGGAGAUGUACGACCCCGCCGCCGACAAGUGGCUCUCCGUGCCGCCCAUGCUCGACGAGCGCUUCUGUGGGGCUGCUGCGGAGAUGCACAGCUCGCUGUAUGCGCUCGGAGGCUUUGACGGGCAGCAACUUCUUCCGACCAUGGAGCGGUUCGAUCCUCGCGAGGGCUACUGGGUGCGCGCUCCGUCCAUGUCGACCAAGCGGGGGAGCCUGUCCGCAGCAGUGUACAACAACAACCUGUUCGCCUUGGGAGGUUUCGACGGGGACCUCGUCUUGAAUUCUGUGGAGUCGUAUGAGCCGCGCAUGAACACGUGGAAGCUGGUCCCCCCCAUGCACACGCAGCGUGCGUCCGGCGCAUCGGUGGUCGUCGACAACGCGCUCUACUUCAUCGGCGGCGUCGACGGAGAACUGGACGCGGAGUCGGUGGAGCGGUAUACGCCCGAGGCGGGGUGGCAAUUUGUGACGACGCGGAGCAAUUCCUGCAAACGAAGCUGCCCGGCCGUCGCCGUCCUGUAG